UUGAUUUCGCAUUUCGUUACUUUCUGCAAAUCCGCCUUUGGUUUACCUGUUACUCCCUUUAAAUUAUGAGUUAGGAUUCACUUCCAUCAAUUAUUUCUGAUCGGUUCAUUGUUUUAUACGACUGCUGAGCUCGAAUGUAGUGUGUUGAAUCAUGGGAAAUAUUGAUUCCCAUUCUAGGGUUUUGGUUGUUUUGGGGGCUGAACACUUCGGCCAUGUCGAGUACUUGUCAGGGCGUUAGGUUCUGAGGGCAAUUUCUGAAGGACAGUCUCGCGCAUAAACGGAGACGGACCGAUUCUGAUAGUUAAUUUGUUUUGAGUUUUCGAACUUGAAACAAUGGCGGUGGGAAUGAUGAAACCCGUAAAGGCUGGUCUAGAAGAACCACAGGAGCAAGCCCAUCGCAUUAGGAUUACUUUGUCAUCCAAGAAUGUGAAGAAUCUCGAGAAAGUAUGUGCUGACCUUGUGACUGGUGCAAAGAACAAAAGGCUGAAAGUCAAAGGUCCAGUGAGGAUGCCUACUAAAGUUUUGCACAUCACUACAAGAAAAUCUCCCUGUGGGGAAGGGACAAACACUUGGGAUCGUUUUGAGCUGCGUGUCCACAAGAGGGUCAUUGAUCUUGUCAGCUCAUCUGAGGUUGUGAAGCAGAUCACAUCAAUCACUAUCGAACCUGGUGUUGAGGUUGAGGUGACAAUUGCAGAUCCAUGAAGACUCUGGACGAUGGACUUAUUUUUUUUUUCCUUUCAGUUUUGUAUGCUAGGAAGCAGGGAAAGAAAGAACUUUAGAGGAUUAGAAUAGCAGUUAGCUUAAGAGGUGCAUGUUUUUCUUCCCAAUUAUUUCAUUUUCUACUAUUCAGGGAUUCAAUUGUCAUGAAAGACCACACUUUGGAAUUACUAGGUUUAAUCUCUGACAGUAACACACAAUAUCAACUUAUGUUUAAGAAACCAUGGUGGUAUUAGUUGAAAGGAAUAAUCUAUUCUUCAAUUGUAA